UAAUACAGUAUAAUGAUCUUAAGUGUUCACCCGAAACUUUUCUUCUCCAGAAGAUUAAAAAUAAUCACAGUGGACCCUUCUGAAGAAGCCACAUUGAGAUCAUCUGGACUUCCAGGAUAAAAACAUGAGAAGAAAAGGUCCUCAUUCCCCAUAAUCUGCUAGUUGGAUUAAUUUAUAAACCACGAAUGGAGGUUUCCUGUGUCAUUUUCAGUUGAGUUUAUGGAAUUCAGCCUGAGGUGAAAAUGCUUCAAGUCACAGCAUGUAAGAGACAUCGUUCCCACAGAUUGGCCUUCUAUUGAUGGACAUUGCACAUUAUUACAUCGUGGCCAAACCUUUGACUCAGCCAAGAACAUCCUUCCUUGCUGUGGAUGAGGACACCAUGCCUACCGCAAUGAUCGCCAAACUUGAUAAAAAUGGAACCCUCUCUGCACUUCUCGGGCAGACUAAGGAAUGUCAUGUGGAUUCUGAGUUCAGAUAUCUAUUGUUUACUGUCUACUACAGCAUCAUUUUCAUUCUGGGCUUUGUAGCGAACACCUAUGUGCUGUGGCUUUUCACUCGGCUUUAUGCUAGGAAGAAAUUAAAUGAAAUAAAAAUAUUCAUAGUCAACUUAACAACGGCUGACUUACUUUUCCUGGUUACACUGCCAAUGUGGAUUGUUUAUUACAACAACAAAGGGAACUGGAUCAUGCCCAGCUUUCUGUGUAAUAUAGCUGGCUACUUAUUUUUCGUCAAUACGUACUGCUCUGUGGCGUUCCUGGGAGUCAUAACAUACAAUCGUUACCAAGCCGUCACAAGGCCCAUUUCAACCAUUCAAUCCAGCACACGAAGAAGAGGAAUUUAUGUUACAUUGGCUAUCUGGGUCCUAAUAGGUGUUCCUUCCAUCUACUUUUUAGUUGAUGAUGGCACAACUGCUGAGGGGCAUCUGAUUCGCUGUUUUGAACGCUAUGACACCACCGGUAAUACAACUCCUAUUUUUGCCUUCCAUGUGAUUAUUUGUAUUUGUUUCUUCGUUGCUUUCCUGCUUGUCUUGGUAUGCAAUACUUUCAUUAUCCGGACAUUGCUUUCAAAACCAGCGCAAACUCGGAGGAACACUCGGGUCAGGCAACGGGCUCUUUGGUUAGUGACUAUAGUUUUGACUGUCUUCAUUCUCUGUUUUGUGCCCCACCACAUGGUGGAUCUACCCUGGACUUUGAUGGUUCUGAACAUGUGGGACAUAAGCUGCCAAAGGCAAAAACUAUUAAAUGAUAUCCACCAGGUUACCCUUGUUCUUCUGGGUGCCAACUGUGUCUUAGAUCCUAUCAUUUAUUGUUUUCUCACAAAAAAAUUCAGGAAACAUCUUUCUGAUAAUUUGAAAAGCAUAAAAGACAGUCGAAAAUGUUCCAGGCAAACAACUGAGACUGGAAUGGAAGGGAUGGUACAAUUAGACAAUUGUUGUCCUGCAUCCCCCAAACCUUAAAAGUAUUUUGAAUGCAACAUGGAGGAAGGUACUUCUGUAACAGCAAAAAAAUGCCAAAGAACAUACAUUUGGUUAUAAUUUGCAUGUUAAGGGACAAACAUAUACUGCAUACAAAUUAGGAAAUACAAUGUUUCCUUACAAAGAGUAAAGAUGAUAAUUGGGAGCUUUGUGUGCGUAUUUGAUUUGCUGCCCAGAUGCUAACUAAAGAUGACUAGCUUCUGGGACCUACUUUUCAUUCUUAAGGAAAUGGACUGAACAUCUACAUUGAGAGACCUUCUGACUGAAAAUUGUAAAGUAGAAUGAAACAAUAACUUUCUUACAGAAGAGCAACAUUUACUUAUCAGUAACAAGUAAAAGUUAAUGACUAGCAAGACUCCUUGGCAACUUAGGGUUGCAACUCUUGUCUAAAAACAGCGAGAACUGGAGGCCACGUAACACAAAUGCAAGAUCUCUGAAAGGAGACGCCUGAUCUCAAAUGAGAUGACUUUGGGUAUUUGGGGAAGAAUUUGUGAAUUUCUUAUUUGAAAGAUGGAUAUUUACACUGUUGUAGUUGUGAUGCAAUAUUUGAUAAUCAGUAUUUUUUUUUUCAUCCUGAAAUACUUCUAAACUCUUGGGCAUCAUUUGGCACAUAUCAGGUCUUUUUUGGGACUUAGUGCCAAUACUUAGGACAGUUCUCAUGGGUAUACUCUUUCUCUUGCUCUUUUGCCAUUCCUUCAUAUCAAGAAAGGCUGAGAGAUACAAACCAAAACUUAUACACUUACAACUUAACACUUAUGGGUUAGCCAAGAAUCCAUAUGCAAAUUUAGAAGUUGAGAUAGGAAACAAGAAGACCUAUCUGGAGUAUGAGAGAACAAUUCCUCUAGGUCCCUCAAAAAUGAAUUCUCUCUCUUUUUUUUUUUUGCAAUCUUAUCUAUGUUAAAAUAAAAGCUAUAUUACAAGCUUAGAUGAAAUUAAGACUUCUGGCAUAUUACGCCCGUUUCAAUGUAUUUUUCUUCUCCGCAUCUGUAACCUUUCACAAUUUGACAGACACACAUCUGAGACAGGAGCUUCUUGUACACAUGAAGGUUGUUCUUGGUUUAGAAUGCUGAAUAUGAUAAGGCAUGUUUGGCUUUCUUAGGAGACCCAACUGUUGCCUAAUAUUUAAUUUCUAUCCAUUGCUUUGUAAUAGACUAACCUUAAAAUGUUCAAAAAUGCAAGUAGUAAUGAUUGUUUUAUUAAAUGUCUGAAUUAGUAGACAUGUGACUUUUAUAAUGUUGUACAAUGAAGGAGUAUGGAUCACUAAUGAAAAAGUGAUGAUGAAGAAAGUAUUUAUAGCCAAUAAAUACUGUUCAUUUUUUAAAGAUAAAAACUUACCAGUAUCUCCAUUUUUGUAUUGAAGACUAUAAAAGACAAGCAUAGCCUAGUUCGUUCAGGAAGGGAAAAAAGACUGAAAUGUAUAGCUGGUAACACUUUUAUUAGAGCCACAAUGUCAGAAAAGAUUAUCCAAGAUUUGAAGCUCUCCAGGCUUCCAACUUUAAUAUAAUUUUUGGUCUCUGUCCCCAGAAAAGACAGACACUUUUGAGUGAGGAUGAAUUCUCCAAACUUUGUUCUCCAGAUAUGUUACCAAUGUUUUGAUUUAUGGUUCUAUUUUCUUAAUGGAUAUCAGUGUGGGGAAAAAAGAACAAAAUGUCUUCAGUACAGAGUUCUCAUGCUUUCACUAAGAGUCAAGAACAAAAGCCUUUUGGAUCAUACCUCUGGCAGAAAAUUGCCUAAAUAGGUGAUUGAGUUAUGGGCAGAAGGAGAAGGGUAGCAGAAGGGUACACUCAGCAGUUGUAGAAAAUGAGCAGGUUGAGGGAGGGUUCAAAUGCAUCAUCAGUCUCUUAGCGCCCAUAAGCAAUCUAAGUCCAGCCCACCUUGACUUCCUUAUUUACUGCCAAAUUACUUUAACCGCUAGUUCAAAUUCUUGUAGAGACCUUAAGCUUGCAAUAAAUCUUUAUACCCAUUCAAACUCCCUGGAUUUCCUGAUUUCUCUGGUGCUUGACGGCAGCUAUGAUACUUCCCACCAUCAAUCUCUUUCUUUCUGUGCUUAUAUUGUUUAUUUGUAAUACAGACAACUAUCAUGUCAGCUUACCUCUGAGUAUGUCUGGAUUCUGCAUUUCACUUGCCAGAAAUGAUCUUUAUCUAAAAUGUUCUCAAAUAGUUCAGUUUGGAACUCCUGCAUUUUUAAUUACUACCAACUUGAGAUUUGUUAAAAAGCACAUCAGAAGUUUUAUUCUAAUUGUGAAGCUCUUGUAUAAAUAAAUAUAAAUUAAAUAUAAAUAAA